AUGCGAGCAGGAAAACGAAUGGAAUCAUCAGAACAUCGAGGACUAUUAAGUGAUGAUGGAAUGCAAGCUCCAUUACUUGACAAUGAAGAAAAUGUUGGAGAUUCCUAUCGAAUUGAAACAUCACCGCAUAAACAUGGUACUCCUGCUCGAUAUGUAGUGGCUAUAUGGGCUUUUCUUGGUUUUCUUUGUUUAUAUUCAUUACGUGUAAAUUUAUCUGUUGCAAUCGUUGCUAUGACAAAAAUUCACAAUAUUAAAAAUGAAUCUGCACAAGCAUGUCCUCCAAUUGAUGGUAGUAAUAGCUCAUCAAUUGAUCCUGUAACUCCUGGUGAAUUUGAUUGGUCACCAAAAACUCAAGGUUUUAUAUUAGGUUCAUUCUUUUAUGGUUAUGUUCUUACACAAGUUAUCGGAGGUAUAUUAGCCGAACGAUUUGGUGCAAAAUGGAUAUUUGGUGGUAGUAUUUUUAUUGCUGGUAUAUUAACACUUUUAACACCAUUAGCUGCUCGAACAAAUGUUGGUUUACUUAUUGCUAUUCGAUUAUUAAUCGGUGCAUUUGAAGCACCUGCUUUUCCAAGUGCAACAGCAUUAUGGGGUCGUUGGAUUCCACCAUUAGAACGAAGUAUAAUUCCACCAAUUGCUAGUACAGGCAAAGAAAUUGGUAUUGUUAUUACAACACCAUUGGUUAGUCUCUUAUGUGGAUCAACAUUUUUCGGUGGUUGGCCAUCGGCAUUUUAUGUUUUUGGUCUUCUUUCAUGUCUAUGGUUUAUUGGUUGGAUAUUUUUUGCAUAUAAUUCUCCAUCUGAACAUCCACGUAUAACAUAUGAAGAAAAAUUAUAUCUUCUUCGUUGUAUACCAAAACCAAAAAAAUCUUCAACACCUUGGAGACAUAUUAUAACUUGUGUACCAUUAUAUGCUAUUGCUGUUCAACAUAUUUGUACAAAUUUUGUUUUUUAUAUAUUACUUACAUCAUUACCAACAUAUUUUUCAACAAUUCUUCGAUUUAAUUUACAACAAAAUGGAAUUAUGUUUGCUAUACCUUAUUUAUUUCAACUUAUUUUUACAAUAAUCUCAGGACAAAUAGCUGAUCGAAUACGUGCAAAACAAAUCUUAUCAACAACAGCUACACGACGAUGGCAAACAAUUAUUGGCGCUUGUGGAACAUCAUUAUUUCUUGUUUUAGUUGGUUUUGUUGAAUGUAAUCAUGUUUUAGCUGUUAUAUUUAUAACUCUCUCUGUUGCAUUCAUUGGUUUUCAAGGAUCUGGUAGUCUUAUCUCUCACUUAGAUAUUGCAAGUAAUUAUGCAGGUACAUUAAUGGGAAUUACAAAUAUGUUAGCUGCAAUACCCGGGUUUGUUGGACCUAUAUUUGUUGGAUGGAUAACUAAUCAAAAUCAAACAUUAUCUGCAUGGAAAUUAAUUUUUAAUACAUCAUCUGGUAUUUGUCUUUUUGGUUGUAUUGUAUAUUGUAUUUUUUUUGAUGGUGAAGAACAAUCAUGGAAUCGUGAUGAUGUUGAACAGUAA